UAAAUAAAAAAGUUCUUUCCUUUUCUUUCAACUAACAAAAGGGGCCACCAACUUCGUAUCUAUCUUUUUUGAAUUUCUUUUGAACGAAAGUAACUGAUAAAAAAUGGAUCUUUCUUGGUGUAUUAUCUGUGACAAUCGCAUUGAUGAUGUUUUGAAUGAUUCUUCGUUGUAUUGCUCAGAAUCAUGUAAAUUAAAAGAUCAAAUGGCUAGUGUUACGAAUCAGCUUGUGCACAACAAUCAACAAUCAUCUCAACAACAGCAAGCCUUGAAGAAGACUCUUACUAAGGUGAACAGCAUCCGUAAUAAGCGGUCAACUGCUCCAUCCGCGUCUUAUCCAUGGAUUCCUCUCUACCGUCGCCGUCGCGUUGCUGUUGUUUCUAAGCGUUGCCAACCUGUUGUAGCCAGUUCCCUUACAACUGCGCAUGCCUUCUUCAGUUCCAUGAAGGCACCUACAACAACAACUGCUUAAUCUAUCAAUCCAACUAUGUGGUGUUUCCAACAAACAAUACAUGGUUAUCCAUAAAAACCUCGAAAAAAAAUUUCAGCCGCAAAAAAAGGAAAAAAAACCAACAAAAAAAUGUCAAAAUUGGUUAAAAAACAACACAAAAAAAAACAUUUUUAUUACUUUCUUUUUUUAGUUCAACUGGUUGAUUUUUAAGAAAAAGCACGGGGAGGAUUCAACUAUAUCAUUAUAAUCACAACAUUUGCAUACCCGAGCAUUUUUCCGACUCUCAGCCAUCUUAUCUUAGAUUUUAAUUUAUAUGUCCAUUCUUCUUAUCAUAACUAUUUUAAUAAAUCACGAACAAUAUGCGUUUUAUCACAGAAGGGUGCUCUCUUCAACAGAAAGCAC